GAAGUGCAGAGGCAAGAACUCCGUGCGGCUUACACACAGGAAGCCAUGGGGAGCUCUGACAUCAGUGGGAGUCAGGCGAAUUCCCAAGAGUCCUGGCCUGGCAGGAAAAUGACAGAUGUUUGGAGUUUUCGGUGGUUUCGCUCUCUCCCGAGGAGGAGAGCCACAGCUACGUGCCCCUGUAACCAAGCUGGGCUGAACCACGUCCACAAGUCCUGCGGGCACGGAGACUGGGAACACUUGGACCUCCUUCAGGACAGGCCCGAAGGCGCUAGAGGGCCGCAAGAGGAAAGACAACUGCCUCAAAGCACAGAUGAGCUCAUCGACUCACCUGGGCAGCCUGUUCAGCAUUCGCUCUGCCCCUGGCACGUCCAGAAGCCCCUGCACAAUGUGGAAUAUUUCCAGACCACAGAAGCCCCACACGUCCCUUUCGGGUCACCAGCCACCCUCCAAAGUGUUGCCACCAUGCUGACCUCUAACAGCACAGCCCCGCAGGCUUCUGCCCUAAAGGCCCAGGGUGGAAAGAAGGAGAACCUGAAGGCUGCCCAGGAGGAGUGUAUCAUCGAGCCCUGGCCAACAGCCCCGCCUGUCAAGGCAAGUACACCCGAAGUGGUCAGGCCGGGGCUGCAGCCAGCGAGUCCCUCUUCAUCUCUAACCCUGCCUACUAAGCCGCCGAGGUGUUCUAAGGCUGCCCCCUCAACACUCCAGCCCCGCCCCCUCCCACACUCACUCUUGAAGACAGGGCCUCACCUGGGGCUCCAGGCUGCUCUUUCCCAUCACUUUGGCCUCCCACGUGACAUUGGUGUGUGGUGUUGUCUGUACAUGCUAACUCCGUUGCUCUUUCCAGCCCACUGCCAAUAAACAACUAUUUA